UUUUUCCAAGUCUCUCACUCAGCCUAAACAUUUUUGCAAAUCGUUCAUUACAUUCUCGUGUAUUUCUAUUUUUACUCACGCUUCCAAAUUUUUUCUCCCCAGCUUUACAAUUUGCAAAUCAUGUUUAUCCGUUACGUUCUCUUUUUAUUUUCUAAAUUUGGCAUCCCUAUUUUCAUUCAUGUUUCCAAUCAAAGAGGAUCAACUUUAUUUAAAUAAUCUACUUUUAAAUCUAUUUCCCCUCCCUUUUUCCUUGUUAAUUUACGUAUUUUCUAAUCCAGAAAAGCCUGACUUUAAUAAUAUUUUUAUCAAGAAAGGAAAUAUUUACUUUUAUCUCCUUAUUAAGAAAAUGUUAAAAGGAGACCAAAUUCUCAAGAUUAAAAAAAAAUAAGGAAAAAUGGAAAAUGUGUUUGGACUUUUCUCUUUUAACUUCCCUAUCCCCUAUCCAAUUUCCUUUUGGCAUUUAAAAAAAAAAUAAUUUUUAACAUCUCCUCUCCCCUUCAUUUUUCUCAUUAUUUUUAAUUUAAAAAAUAAUGUUGCGCUAAUGUUAUUUGGACUUUUCUUUCUUGUUUACUUUCUUUUUAAUUAAAUGAAAAAAAAUUUUUUUAGAAAAAAAACACAUUUUCUUGCGCUUUAACAGUACAUACUUCCCCCUCCCCUCCUCCUAGAAAAUAUAUCCGGAAAUUGGAUUUCUUUGCACCUGUCUCGUUUUUUUAAAUUGUGUUACCAUUGUGCAAUGGGGUGUGUGGGGCAAAACACCAUCUAAGUAAAAUACCGUCCGGACGGAAAAGUAAAAAACGUCGUCCACUU